UGGAAGCCCAGAGACAUGGAGAUAAAGAACUACAGCAGCAGCACUUCAGGUUUCAUCUUUCUGGGCCUCUCCUCCAACCCUCAGCUGGAGAAGCCUCUCUUUGCCAUCUUCCUCACCAUGUACCUGGUCACCACGGUGGGGAAUGUGCUCAUCAUUCUAGCCAUACAUUCUGACUCCAGGCUCCAAACACCUAUGUACUUUUUCCUCAGCAACCUGUCCUUCAUGGAUAUCUGCUUCACAAUGGUCAUUGUGCCCAAGAUGCUGGUGAACUUACAAUCAGAGACAAAGACUAUCUCCUAUGUGGGCUGCCUGGUCCAGAUGUACUUCUUCAUGGCCUUUGGGAAUACUGACAGCUAUCUGCUGGCAUCAAUGGCCAUAGACCGACUGGUGGCCAUCAGCAACCCCUUCCAUUAUGAUGUGGUCAUGAACCCACAGCGUUGUGUUCUCAUGUUACUGGGUUCUUGCACCAUAUCCCACCUGCACUCCUUGUUCUGGGUACUCUUUCUGUCCCACUUAUCUUUCUGUGCCUCCCACGUCAUUCAGCACUUUUUUUGUGAUAUCCAGCCUGUGCUAAAGCUGUCAUGCACUGACACCUCCUCCAGCCAGAUUGUGGUCAUGACUGAGACCCUGGCUGUUGUUGCGACCCCUUUCCUGUGCAUCCUCCUCUCCUACAUGCAGAUUAUCAUCACUGUGCUCAGAAUCCCCUCCACAGCCGGGAAGUGGAAGGCCUUCUCUACCUGUGGCUCUCACCUCACUGUAGUAGCCCUGUUUUAUGGGAGUGUCAUCUAUGUUUAUUUUAGGCCCCUGUCCAUGUACUCAGCAGUAAAGGACCGAGUAGUCACGGUUAUGUACACCGUGGUGACACCCAUGUUGAACCCUUUCAUCUACAGUCUGAGAAACAAGGAUAUGAAGAGAGGUAUGGGGAAGUUAAGGGACAGAAUUCACUCAUAGAAAAAUAAAAUGAUGAAAAGUCAAAAUUCGGAGAUGACAUAAGAGAUUGUCAGGUUAUCCUUCCCCCUUAGCCAUUUUCCACAUGGCAUCCAAAAAUGUUAUGACAAGUGGCGUUGGAUAGCAGUAAGAGUAUUGGCUUGGGAGACAGAACACUUAGUUUCUAUCCAUGACCUUGAUAAAAUAUAUGUUUAGUCCCAGACUUGGUACUGCUAGGAAUCCAGAUUUCAGCAAAACAAUUGAUUGAUAC